GAGAACUCGUCCCAUCAUUUCUGGACCUUGGUACAGAUGCGAUUCCAAGAUGGACUCCGACACUAAAGUUACAGAUACUAAGGCUCCCACCGAGAAGGAGGAUCGGCUCCGACGAAUGUACGGGAAACUACCAACCAGGACUGAUCUACUUCACCAUCAGUUAGAGGUAUCUAGUGUUGUUAACCCGUUUCGAAAUUUGGCUGAUCACUUUAUCGUUCAUAGAGGAAGUACUUCGAUUCAGGCGACUUCGCGCUUACAGCGGCGCAUAAAGCCUCCAACAUUGGGAACAUCCAAAGCGGAAAGAAACACCCUCUCGUCGAGAACAUUUCCCGCCCUUCGGCUCCCGUACCAAGUUGCAGCAACGUAGACGAUAACGCAAGUAGGGACAAUGCGAGUCAAACGAGUAAAUCAAUACACCCGAGCGGAAUAGGCCAGGAAAUGUAAUCAGAUAUAGGACCACGGACGGAAUACCUCAAAGGUCCGGGCAGAGGGGCACGAUUGGGGAGUAUGGGCAAGCCAAAAUCGGGUUUCGAGUGGCAAGUCGUCCCUAGAGGUUACUCUUCCAGCUACCCAGCUUCCUAUCUUCAACCACGAAUACGAAUCUGUCGUGGGGCAAGAGUUAAAACAAAUGGGUUACUAGCAGUUGGCAAACGUUGCUGUUCGUAUGUUAGAUCCUGUCGUCAAGUCGUCUUCUUAAUAUGGGUGUCCGAUUGCGCAUGCGAUGUAUUUACAUCGGGUCCCAGAUUGUUCAAAUCCCAGACAUGACUUACCUCCU